AUGGAUAAAAUCAUUAUAGAAUCUUCUUUUGUUAAUUCUCUAUUCAAAUGUUCACUCUGUAAUGAACUUAUACAUUUAGCAACAGUUAUUAAUGAAUGUUUUCAUCGUUUUUGCAAAUUAUGUAUAAUGAAUUAUUUCAAAAAAAAUAAUAAUACUUGUCCAACAUGUCAAAUAAUAAUUGUUAAUCCAUUUCAAACACUUAAAUUUGAUCUUACUUUUCAACGAUUAUUAUAUAAAAUCUUUCCAAGUAUUAUUCAACGUGAAAUCGCGUGUAAAUCAUCUCUACUGACAACUAAUGAAUCAACAUAUAUUCAGAUCGAAACAAAGAUUAAUGUUUAUUUAGAAUAUUGGGAUAUUUCAUUGGAUCUAUUUCCGAAUGAAUCACGAACAAAAUUAUCGAAAUGUUAUUUAGAAUGUCUAGCUAGUACACCAUUAUUAACAAUUGAAAAAUUUCUUCGAAUUAAACAUUCAUUAUCAUCAACAAUAAAAAUCGAUCUUUUUUAUAAAUCAUUUUUAUUAAAUAUUAAUCAUGAACGAUUAAUCGAUAUAUGUUAUUGUUUUGAUAUAAUAAAUAAAAAUUCAUUACUCAAUAUUCGAUUUACAAUUAGUCCAUAUGGUUAUAAAUCAAUACUUAAACAUAUUCAUCAAUCGAAACAAUCAACAACUUCAUUAGAAAUUGAAAAAUCAUCAACAAAUUCAAUUGAUUCAAAACUUAAAGUAAAAUUAUGUCGAUCACAAAAUUCAACAAAUAAUUGGUAUAUAUCUCAAUCAACAUCAUCAUCUAUUGAAUUACCUGAUCUAAUUAAUUCAUGUGAAAAUCGAACAAAACAUAAAAUAAUAACAUUUAAAAAAAAAUCUAUAUUAAAUAAAACUCGUCGACGUAUACGUUUUAUUCCAACAAUGGUUAAAGUUCCACCAUCAAUAUUUGAUUAUCAUCUAUCAACAAAACAAUAUGAUUUUAAUUUAUUUCAAUCAAAUCAAAAAACAAUAUGUAAAGUUCCACCUUAUAUUCCAGAAAAUUUUUCAUUCUAUGAUAAUAAUCCACUUGAUUUAAGUUUAAAAUAA